AUGGCUGUCCGUACUUACUGCCUCGUCGCCAUCGGUGGAUCCGAGAACUUUUACAGCGUAUUCGAGACAGAACUGAAGGACGUGAUCCCAAUAAUCCACACCUCCAUCGCAGGCACCCGAAUCAUCGGCCGCCUCUGCGUCGGGAACCGUCACGGGCUCCUCGUCCCCUCCACAACCACCGACCAAGAACUCCAGCACCUUCGAAACUCACUCCCAGACUCUGUUGCGAUCCAGCGCGUUGAAGAGAGAUUGUCAGCCCUCGGAAACGUGAUCGCCUGUAACGACUAUGUGGCAUUAGUGCAUCCGGAUCUGGAUAGGGAGACGGAAGAGAUUGUGGCGGAUGUGUUGAAGGUUGAGGUUUUCCGGCAGACGAUUGCUGAUAAUGUCCUCGUGGGGUCUUAUUGCGCGUUGAGUAAUCAGGGUGGGUUGGUUCAUCCUAGAACUUCUAUCCAGGAUCAGGAUGAGCUUUCUUCUCUCCUCCAAGUACCACUCGUCGCAGGAACGGUGAACCGCGGUUCAGAUGUAAUUGGAGCAGGUCUCCUGGUCAACGACUGGUGCGCCUUUGCAGGUCUCGACACCACGUCUACAGAACUCUCCGUCAUCGAGAGCAUCUUCAAGCUUCAGGACAACGGUCCCACCGCCAUUGUCGAAGACAUGCGCGAUUCCCUCGUCGACUCUAUGGUGUAA